UAAUAAAAGUAUAAAAGUACCGCGUCGGCCCGCCGUGAUCACACCACCACACGCAACGCAAGCCUUCCUUUGCACCCGAACGCAAGAAAAAGACAGAGAGAGAGCGCGCGCGGCUUGGGGAAAAGCAGGAGGGAAGCGAGGGGAUCGGAAACCGGCGAGGCGAUGGCGCGGCGGGGCACGGAGGCGUUCCCGGACCUGGGCGCGCACUGCGACAAGGAGGACUGCAACCAGCUCGACUUCCUGCCCUUCGACUGCGACGGCUGCGGCAAGGUGUUCUGCGCCGAGCACCGCACGUACGUUGAGCACGGCUGCCCGCGCGCCGCCGACCAGGGCCGCACCGUCGUCGUCUGCGAGGCCUGCGGCGACUCCAUCGAGCGCGACGGGGCGGACAAGACGGACGCGGAGAUCCUCGACGCGCACGCGCGGUCGCGCCGGGGCUGCGACCCGGCCAGGAAGCGCAAGCCGCGCUGCCCCGCGCGCCGCUGCAAGGAGACGCUCACCUUCUCCAACACCAGCCAGUGCAAGGAUUGCGGGCAGAAGCUGUGCCUCAAGCACCGGUUCCCCACGGACCACGAGUGCUCGCGCGUGUCGCCGGCGGGGGCCGCCGCCGCCGCGAGGAGGGCCGGCGACUGCGGCCGCGACGCGCAGAAGGCCAAGGACGGCGGUGGGUGGGCGCUGCCGCCGUUGGUCCGGAAUUCCAAGAUGUUCUGAUUAGCCUGAGGCUGAAAUUGUGGACGGAGGAGGCCAUGGAACGUUUGUUUUCUCCGGUGUCAAAUUUUCAAUUGUGCACAUAUUCUGUUGUUGUUGUUGUUGUUAAAUGAAGAAUCAAAUUCAAUUUAUUUUUGGAAAA